UUAUAGAUUUAAACAUGCUGAAGUUUGACAGUUUUGUCCUCUGUAUGCAAUAUUUUUAAUAUGAGAAAGAUUUUCCUGUGUCUUGAUUUAUAUUCAUCUCAAAUACGCAAAAAGACGUGCAUUUCUAUCAGCAGAAACUGAGCCUCCAGUACUCCUGAAAGGUUUACAACUGCAAAUGCUUCAGUUCCAUCAGGUCUGCCAAUAACAACCAGCGUUUGACAUCAUGCUAUGGUCAGUCACGCUAAUCUGCCUGAAACAAACCUCACUUUCAUUGCAGAUAAACAUCUGCUGUUGUCCAUGUUACAUUGAUUAACAUGUAUGUGCCAUUCAUUCAUACUUCUUCUCAUAGUUCAUUUUUACUGAGCAUGUAAUGUGCUAUUACUCUGCUGCUGUAUACAUUUUGUAUACAUUUUGUAUACAUUUCUGUUCUUCCUUGAAAGACUGUGAAUGCUUCGGGCACUCCAACCGGUGCAGUUACAUCGAGCUGCUCAAUACGGUCAUUUGCGUGAGCUGUAAGCACAACACUAGAGGUCAGCACUGUGAGUUAUGCAGGCUGGGCUACUUCAGAAAUGCUUCUGCAGAGCUGGACGAUGAAAAUGUGUGCAUAGACUGUUAUUGUAACCCUUUUGGUUCAGUCCAUGAUCGCUGUAAUGACAGAGGAUUUUGUGAGUGUAAGGAGGGAGCAUCAGGGCCUAAAUGUGAUAAAUGUCUGCCGGGAUAUAUCUGGCACAGCUUGGGCUGUCAACCAAAUGUGUGUGACAAUGAGCUCCUGCACUGCCAGAAUGGAGGGACAUGCAUCAACAACGUGCGGUGCCAGUGCCCUCCAGCCUACACUGGCAUCUUAUGUGAGAAGCUUAAGUGUGAAAGGGGAUCCAGGAGGCUGCAGCCAAAGCUCCGCCCAGGGGGCAAUAUCCCACAGUCCCUUAUUACUGCUGAUGGCCCUACUAGGAGCAGCCAGACUUCACAUGUGCUAGGCUUCGUUUGGUCAAUGGCAUUGUAUUUGGACUGCUUCAAAAGAACGUGCCACAUGAAAACAAAACAAAAUCCAAGCGUUUGCUAGUGAAAUUUCAAAAAGGAUAAAGAAAGAAAAAAAUACCACAUAAAAACUUGGAAGGCCUAACUGAACUAAGCCAUAUUAAUCAGUUAUGGACAGCACUCUGAGUCAAGACUGCACACCACAACCGGAGAUGGGCUGGCAGCUGCUGUUCUGCCCAACUUGUACUGGCUGCCAGGCUCACACAGGACAAACAGCUUGGACAGCCCCGAAACGGAAAGGGAAAUGAAAAAUAUUUGCUACUCCUCUCUGGUGCGCUGCUGUACCUCCGCCCAGUGUGUGGACCAACCAAAUAAAGGCAUUCUUUGCUGUCAGUGCAUUGUGGGUAUAAGGAAAUCUGUAAAAGCUGCCAUAUUGGCCUGCUUCAGUCCCUGAAUCCUCUCCAACCUGUGCUUUAGUGAACGUUGCUCUGUAACCCUUGUUGGUUGAAAGAUUUCUUUGUCUGAUGUUAGUGAUGCACAUGUGUAACAGCCCCCUCAAUAAAACUCAAGCCAGUCAUAUCCUUGUAUACCUUAGCAGCACCGCAUCACUACGAUGCCGUGUUCACCUACUGUACAAGAGUGGCUAUAGGACAAAAAGUGUAUUUAUCCUUUUGUAUUCAAAUGAAGUUAUUUUUCUUGAAAUAAUGUACAAUGUAGAUUUUUUGUAUUAUUGCCUAUUUGUGUUACCAGACGAUUUGUUAAUGUAUUUAAUUCUAAUCAGAUAAGAGAAAAAUUACUUUUUAUUUAGUCCUUUUCUUUUACCUUUCAUUUAAUUGUGCAGAGAUUUCUCUGUAUGGGCAACGUGCUGGCAUCAAAGAAUAUCAGUUUACAUAUAUAACAAGUGUAAUAAGAUUCCACCAAAGGACAUUCUAUAUGUUUUCUUGUUGCUUUAACACUGAAAGAUUUCCAAGAAUAAAAAUUCCUGCAUAAACAA